AUGAGCAGCUUAAGCAGCGUGGAGGCGGAGCUGCCGCCGGGAUUCCGAUUCCACCCAAGAGAUGAAGAAUUGGUGUGCGAUUACCUCAUGAAACGGGUCACGGGUCGCCCCACCCACCCCUUUCUCAUCCACCUUGAUCUUCACAACUGCGAGCCCUGGGACCUUCCUGAUAUUGCAUGUGUGGGUGGGAAAGAAUGGUAUUUUUACACCCAAAGGGACAGGAAAUAUGCGACAGGGUUGAGAACAAAUCGGGCCACAAAAUCGGGCUACUGGAAAGCCACUGGUAAGGACCGGCCCGUAACCCAUAAAGGAAAGCGUGUUGGUAUGCGAAAGACUCUGGUAUUCUAUGCGGGCCGGGCUCCCAAAGGAAGUAAAACUGAGUGGGUCAUGCACGAGUAUCGCCUGGAAGGAACCCAUUAUGGGCCCGGCCUCAAAGCAGUUUGCCCAGUCAAGGAGGAUUGGGUUUUAUGCAAAGUAUUUUUCAAGAAAGGGACAGAAACUCCAACCAGAAUUCAAGUUGAAACUAAACCUUCCUCUCCAUCUCUACCACCAUUGAUGGAACCUUAUAACAACAACAGUAUUAAUGUUGCACUGAACCAAAGCAAUGAUGUUGUAAACAAACACGUGCCCUGCUUCUCCAUUUACAGCACAAACACUACUUAUGACAUUAAUCCAUCGUUUAUGAAUGAUUAUCCUUUUCCAUCCCGUGACAACGGAGUGAUUAAGGUUGUUUUGAGCCAACUUGCAGAAAUGGACGCAGCAAAUGACUUUGGGGAAGGGAGCUCAGGCAGUUAUCUAUCUCAGGCCGUUUGGAACCCAUAUCCAGGUUUCAGGAUUGGAGUUUUGCAGCACAAGUGUCAUAUACAGAAUUUACGUGGCUACACAAAGUCACUAGACCACCGCAGCCGCCAGAUCGUCGUCAACACAGCCGUUGCCAGCCCGUCGAGUGAAGCAGACGCACCUGUUUAUGCUCCGAAAUUGAUAGGCGAAAUAAAAAUAAUGGGUUCCUCUUUCCCGUUACAAACCCAGCAUUCAUCCUCAAGCUCCAAGAUUUUUUGUCAUCAGACAUUCCGAAAUUCUCCUUCGCCGCGAAGUUCAAUUAUGAUUCAUGCCUUACGUCCGUCCCCUGUGGAGCCCAAAAGAAUUAGGGUUCGCUCGGAAUUCGACGGGAAAGUCAAUGGCUCCUUCUCCGCUGAUUUUGAUUCCCGCUUUCUUGACCGGCAAAAAGCACUUGAAGCUGCCAUGAAUGACAUAAACAGCUCGUUCGGUAAAGGAAGCGUCACAAGACUUGGAAGUGCUGGUGGAGCUUUAGUUGAAACUUUUCCGAGUGGCUGCUUGACGUUGGACUUUGCUUUAGGCGGUGGCUUACCCAGAGGAAGAAUAGUGGAGAUAUAUGGACCGGAAAGUAGUGGAAAGACCACUUUAGCUCUUCACGCAAUUGCCGAAGUGCAGAGAUUGGGAGGUAAUGCUAUGCUUGUCGAUGCUGAACAUGCUUUUGAUCCGGCUUAUUCGAAAGCUCUGGGAGUUGAUGUUGAAAAUUUGAUCGUGUGCCAACCUGAUAAUGGGGAGAUGGCUUUGGAGAUUGCCGAUCGCAUUUGUAGAUCUGGUGCUGUCGAUCUCAUCUGCAUCGAUUCUGUCUCAGCCCUUACUCCACGAGCUGAGAUUGAAGGAGAGAUUGGAAUGCAACAAAUGGGUCUGCAAGCACGCCUUAUGAGCCAAGCGUUGCGUAAGAUGUCAGGCAAUGCUUCUAAAGCUGGAUGCACUCUUAUAUUUUUGAAUCAAAUUAGAUACAAGAUAGGAGUAUACUAUGGAAAUCCUGAAGUUACGAGUGGUGGAAUUGCGCUUAAGUUUUUCGCAUCUGUCCGGCUUGAGAUACGUCCUAUUGGCAAGAUAAAAUCCGUUAAAGGAGACGAAGACGUUGGCCUUAAAGUUCGUGUAAGAGUUCAAAAGAGUAAGGUUUCAAGGCCGUAUAAGCAAGCUGAAUUUGAAAUUAUAUUUGGAGAGGGGGUCAGCAAACUGGGUUGUAUGUUGGAUUGCGCUGAAAUGACUGACGUUGUCUUAAAGAAGGGCUCGUGGUAUAGCUAUGGGGACAACAGAUUGGGGCAAGGAAGAGAGAGAGCACUGCAACACCUAAGAGAAAAUCCCCAACUGUGUGAAGAAAUCGAGACGAAAGUUCGAGCUGUGGUGUCAGAUAACAUUGGGCAAGUAGGUUCGUAUGCAAAGUCUUCCCUUCCGCAAACUGAUGAAGAAGAUGUGUACCAAGAGAUGCAAUGAGACAGAUCACAAAAUUGGAUCUUUUCUCUCUUUCCUUUGCCUUUAAGAAGAAAUUGGUCUUUGAGAGGACACAAUUCGCCACCUAAAUUUUGGGGUGAUUGAGAAUGUAUCCAUUUCUGUAUAAAUAUUGGUACAUUUUUCAUGUGAUGUUUAAUAGAAUGCAGUUCAAAGCUUCAAGCUCUCCUAGUACUGCGUAGCUACCCUAAUAUCAUUUAAUAAUGACCAAUUUUGUCUUUUAAUUCCAAACUAGUACGUAGCCCGUGCGA